AUGAUUCGAAGACAAGCCCGCCAACGGAGGGAUUACCUCUACCGAAAAGCUCUCCAGCUCAAGGAGGCAGAGACGACCGAAAAGCGUGCGAAGCUUAGAGAAGCCCUAGCGUCUGGAAAGCCAUUGGAUCCAUCCAUCGCGAAGGAAAGGGCGUUGCGGAAAGACUACCAAUAUGACGAGUCGCGAGAUGUCGAGGGGGCCGAGGUGAUGGAUCUGGAUGACGAAUACUCGGUGACAUCGGGCUUGAGCGACCCGCGCAUUCUGGUUACUACCUCAAGAGAUCCCUCCAGCAAACUCUCCGCGUUCUCCAAGGAAAUCAGGCUAUUGCUGCCAACAUCGGUGCGCCUCAACCGAGGAAAUCUUAUUUUGCCGGAUCUCGUCAGGUCAUGCCAAUCAAACGGCCUCAGUGACAUCAUCCUCCUUCACGAACAUCGUGGAAAUCCCACGGGUCUCACAAUUAGCCACCUACCCAACGGGCCAACCGUCUCGUUCAGCCUCCACAAUGUCGUCCUCAUGCACGACAUGCCACGGAAUGGCACAAUAUCUGAGGCGUAUCCGCAUCUCAUUUUUGAAGGGUUCAAGAGUCGACUUGGCCAGAGAAUUGUGACCGUUUUGAAACACCUUUUUCCGCCACGGGAACCGAUAACGACUAAAGCUAAGAUGGGCAACCGAGUAGUCACAUUUGUGAACAACGAGGACAGUAUUGAAGUCAGGCACCAUGUCUUUGUUCGGACCUCGUACGAUUCUGUCGAGCUUGCUGAAGUGGGCCCGAGGAUGACGAUGAGGCCCUUCGAAAUCCGGGCCGGUACCCUUGAUAACAAGGAUGGCGACGUGGAGUGGCACUUGUCGCAAUAUACCCGAACUGGUCGCAAGAAGAAUUACCUCUGA